UCCUUGAAACCCGGAUCUCACUUGGGGCGUCAAUACAAUCAGAGCUCACUUGCACCACAACAGCGGAAAAGACAAUAGCCGGCGCACUGAGAAGUAGUUGUGUUGAACGAAGAUCCAUGUUAAUAUACAACCUAGAGAUGACAAACAACAUACUAUUAUUUUUUGUCUGUCUCUCUGGAGGAGUUAUUUGGGCGUGUACCUUCCAUCAUGACGUGAAGUAUGGAGGGAUAUUUGUAAACUGUUCCAACAACAACCUAUCCAAUGUACCAAAUGAUCUACCCCAAAAUACAACAUCGCUCAAUUUGAGUACCAAUCACAUUGCCGUGUUGCACAUUCAACCCAAUAGUUCCUUGAAUGCACUGAAAUACCUGGACGUCUCCAACAAUAAGUUAUCAAAGCUACAAAAUGGGACAUUUGAAAGCAUUAACAGCUUAGAGGAGCUAUUCUUGCAGAACAACAAUCUGAUGCUCGAUUCCACUACGUACCCAGAUGAUGUCUUCCUUCCUCUACAGAAACUUCAGAAGCUCCAUCUGCACAACAAUGAUCGAAAGUCGGAGGGUAGCUAUCCAGAAACUGCUUUCGGUAAACUCAGGAGUGUUGUUGAAUUAAAAAUUGACACAUAUGAAACCUCCACCUUUGGAUCUGGAUUUGCCAACAUGACCAGUCUCAAAAGGCUUCUUUUGGGGUUUAAUGGUUGCAAGAUUUCGAGAGUGUUGAACCAAACGUUGCGAUCUUUUAAACACAUCCCAAUUGAAGACCUUGAUCUUAGUAGUUGCCCAUUAGCAGCUUUAGAUAAAAUGUCUUUUGUUUAUUUGAAAAGCCUGAAGGAUUUGAAUCUUUCUCAUGGUAAAUUCGUGAGCCCAGUAGAGGCUGUUACAUCUAUGUAUGGUUUAAAUGGGUUAAACCUGACAAGUAUUUUAUUUGAUGAAAUUUACAACUUCCUUAACUUUCAGUAUGGUAGUAUUGAACUAAGAACUCUUACAAAAGAAGUGCUGGAUAAUUUACAAGGUGUAUGCGUUGAGCGGAUGUCCAUGAAAAAAAACAAAAUAGCAUGGAUUGAUUCUUCUAUCCUAAAACCCAAUUCACGUUUCUCAAACUGCAUUGUACAUAUUGACCUGUCUGAUAAUGAUUUUCUGGGAGACAGGCAUAUUUUAUUCCAAUUUGUCUUUGCGCCUCAAUUAGUGUUUGUGAAUAUUACAAAUCACUUGAGAAGAAACGAGUACUUCCCAUCAAUGCCUCAACACAACUCCUUAUUGUCAGUACCAACAUUCCGGUUCACUUUGCCCCCCAGACUAAAGUACUUUUAUAGCCAUGGCACGCUGAGUGACAUGGGCUACAUAAACGGUAACAUUGAAAUUAAAAAUGCUGUAUCGCUCCAAAGUGUGAACCUUGCAUUUAACGGAUGGUAUGCCUUCCAAUAUAAUAUAUAUGGUUUGGAGAACCUCACUGAUUUAGACAUCUCUGGAAACUACUUUACCAACAUGAAUCCUGGUUUCUUUAAAUCUUUCACAGGCCUAAGAACUCUCACGAUGUCUCAGAUUGGCUUUAGCAAAUACUUUCUUCUUCGGCAGGGACGUCAGAUGUUUUUGCCAUUACGUAAAUUAGAAAAUAUUAUUCUUGGUCGCAAUGAUUUAGCAGUCAUGGAUCCUAAGAUAUUUUCUGGAAAUCAACUGACUGCUAUUGAUUUAUCCUUUAACCGUUUUGAAAGUAUUCCUUUUGACAUCACAACAACUCCAUCUCUGCAAUGUCUUGACCUCAGUUACAACUCACUGCCUGUGUUAUCAGAGUUAGAGAGGACCCUGUUUGAUUCCCUAGCAGCAACAAAUAACUUCACGUUGAACCUUGACAACAACCUUCUGUCCUGCGGAUGUAAGAAUUUAGGCUUUGUGUUGUGGCUGUUCCACACAGAUGUGAAAGUUGAAAACAGAGAUUCUUAUACCUGUGUAUCUGAUAGUGGCCAUAUUACACGCCCAUCUUAUAUUUAUGAUCAUUAUGAUGAAAUAUGGAGAAAAUGUUCCGGACCAACUUGGCUGUCACUAUCUGUUUCUGCCUUUGCACUGAUUAUAUUAUUCAUGAUUCUAAUCUAUUUGAUAAACCAGAGAAAGACAUUACUUCUAAACAUCAUUUACCGGUUGUUUGGGUUGGUAAAUGUUGCCAAACCGCCAAAGCGUACUGACUUUCCUAACGAUGCCUACAUCGGCUACAGUGACUGCGAUUAUCAGUACAUCUGUCACACUAUGAGAGAGCACCUGGAAGACAGACAUGGAGUCAAACUCUUCCUGAAGGACAGAGACACCAUCCCUGGAGGACAAAUAGCUGACGACAUCAUCAACGGAAUAGAUUCCAGUUGGAAAACGCUCCUAAUUCUAAGCAGAUCAUUUCUGGAAGAUCAAUGGUGUAGCUUUACUGUUAAUCGUGUUGUGUAUUCUUCCUCUAUACUACCCGCAGGAAGUGUCGUUCUUGUGCUGUUUGAGGACGUGAGACAAGGGGACAUCUCACCGGCCCUGCUGAAUGUUGUGGAGGAGAGACACAUCUUCUAUGUAAAGAAGUACAUGGACGACCAGCGGAGACUUUGGAGAGACGUUAGUCAGUGCAUCAUGACUGAAUUCCUUGAAACCCGGAUCUCACUUGGGGCGUCACUACAAUCAGAGCUCACUUGCACCACAACAGCGGAAAAGACCAUAGCCGGCGCACUGAGAAGUAGUUGUGUUGAACGAAGAUCCAUGUUAAUAUACAACCUAGAGAUGACAAACAACAUACUAUUAUUUUUUGUCUGUCUCUCUGGAGGAGUUAUUUGGGCGUGUACCUUCCAUCAUGACGUGAAGUAUGGAGGGAUAUUUGUUAACUGUUCCAACAACAACCUAUCCAAUGUACCAAAUGAUCUACCCCAAAAUACAACAUCGCUCAAUUUGAGUACCAAUCACAUUGCCGUGUUGCACAUUCAACCCAAUAGUUCCUUGAAUGCGCUGAAAUACCUGGACGUCUCCAACAAUAAGUUAUCAAAGCUACAAAAUGGGACAUUUGAAAGCAUUAACAGCUUAGAGGAGCUAUUCUUGCAGAACAACAAUUUGAUGCUCGAUUCCACUACGUACCCAGAUGAUGUCUUCCUUCCUCUACAGAAACUUCAGAAGCUCCAUCUGCACAACAAUGAUCGAAAGUCGGAGGGUAGCUAUCCAGAAACUGCUUUCGGUAAACUCAGGAGUGUUGUUGAAUUGAAAAUUGACACUUAUGAAACCUCUACCUUUGGAUCUGGAUUUGCCAACAUGACCAGUCUCAAAAGGCUUCUUUUGGGGUUUAAUGGUUGCAAGAUUUCGAGAGUGUUGAACCAAACGUUGCGAUCUUUUAAACUCAUCCCAAUUGAAGACCUUGAUCUUAGUAGUUGCCCAUUAGCAGCUUUAGAUAAAAUGUCUUUUGUUUAUUUGAAAAGCCUGAAGGAUUUGAAUCUUUCUCAUGUAUGGUAG